AGGGCCAGGCUGGUCCUCCAGCCGCCACCGAGUCUUCUGCGCUCACGUUGCCGGCUGCGGCUCCAGCGACUCCCCGCGGCUCCGGUGGCGGCGCCGUUCCCCUGCCCGCGCUUCUCCCGGACGCAGGGCUCGGGCACCUCCCGUCUCCCGCCGCGGCGCAGCUCCCGGUGGCUCGGGCUCCGGCGCCGGCGCGGCUCAUGCCCCCAGGCGCGGAGCGCGCAGGUGGGCCAGUCGCGGCGGGGAGAUAGGCCCCCGGGGGCGGGGGCGGCGGGACCAUGGCCCGGAGACCCGGGGCGCCGGCUGCCUACGUAGAGGAGUUCUCCUUCGUCAGUCCGCUGGUGAAAUACCUGCUCUUCUUUUUCAACAUGCUCUUCUGGGUGAUUUCCAUGGUGAUGGUGUCCAUAGGCAUCUAUGCUCGGCUGAUGAAGCAUGCAGAAGCGGCCUUGGCCUGCCUGGCAGUGGACCCAGCCAUCCUUCUGUUCGUGGUGGGCGUCCUCAUGUUCCUGCUCACCUUCUGUGGCUGUAUUGGAUCCCUCCGCGAGAACAUCUGCCUCCUGCAGACAUUCUCCAUCUGCCUCACCAUCGUGUUCCUGCUACAGCUGGCUGCUGGGGUCCUGGGCUUCGUCUUCUCAGACAAGGCACGAGGGAAAGUGAGUGAGUUAAUCAAUAAUGCCAUUGUACACUACCGAGAUGACUUGGACCUGCAGAAUCUCAUUGAUUUUGGCCAGAAGGAGUUCAGCUGCUGUGGAGGGAUUUCCUACAAGGACUGGUCCCAGAACAUGUACUUCAAUUGUUCAGAAGACAACCCCAGCCGUGAACGCUGCUCUGUGCCUUACUCCUGUUGCUUGCAUACCCCCAGCCAGGCAGUGAUCAACACCAUGUGUGGCCAAGGUAUGCAGGCCCUUGACUACUUGGAAGCUGGUAAAGUCAUCUACACCAAUGGCUGUAUUGACAAACUGGUCAACUGGAUACACAGCAACCUCUUCUUACUUGGUGGUGUGGCACUGGGCCUGGCCAUUCCCCAGCUGGUGGGAAUCCUGCUGUCCCAGAUCCUCGUGAAUCAGAUCAAAGAUCAGAUCAAGCUACAGCUCUACAACCAGCAGCACCGGGCUGAUCCAUGGUACUGAGAAUCCACCCUGCACCUCCUCACUAUGACGACCGGUGGGCCUCAUGGACCAAUAGCAGUGGGUACAGCUCUCAGCGCCACAUGGAGGCUUGGAUUCCAGCCCGCCAGCGACAGCCCAGUGGGAAGUAGCGAACUCCAGACAGGCAGAAAGCAGGUGCACAGGUGGCUCAAGUCUCGGGAGGAUGAGCUCUUCUCCCCUUCCUAGCUCUCAGCAUUGUCAGAGAGUUAUUCUGUAUUGUUUCUAAGCUUACCCAUUUGAACUUACGGUUGUUGUUUUUUAAAUUUUGUCUGGGCAGAGAGGUUUGGGAACAGCAGUUGCAUAGAGUCAUGGGGCACAGCCGCUGCUUUUCACCAAGGCACGCCCACCGACAGCUCUACUCAGGCUGCUUCUGAGCUUAAUGGACGCACUGACUCCAGCUGUUUGCCAGCAAGGCCUGGCUGGAGAGUGGACAGCAGCAGCCCUGCCUGAAGUCCAGUUGGCCUGAGACCAGCUCCAGAAGGGAAGGGAGUGGAGGCAGUGAGCUUGGGGGUUGGCUGGGGACAGUUGUAUGUGCUGGGUGCUGGGUAGGAAUGGAAGGCGAUAUGUUUACUAAAUGCCUGCCCUGCCAUCCUCCCAGGUUGUCAGAGUGCGCUACAUCCUGCCCCUCCCUCAUUUCCAUGGAAACAUGGCAGCAAGGGCACGGGGUACAACAGCAGCCAAAUUCAUCCCUCUCCCCAACCCCCAACACCCCUUUUGAAAAGUGUUUGGGACCAUGGUCUCUAUAUUCUGCAGCCGGCAGAGGUGGAACUGAGCCAUAUGUGCCCUUGAAUUCCUCCCUUCUGGACCUCCCUCUAGAGCAAGUGGGGUUUCUUUAACCUUGGCAGGGUGCAGAGGAGGCAAGGUAACACCUUCCCCGCCCCCCCCAUUCCCCUGCACCAUAGCUCAUUAUUUCUACAGUGUAAGAAGCAGGGACCUUGCUGGGGCAGGGGGAGCCAGAAAUGGCAAUAAAAGUUUGUUGACCUAA